AUGUCUCUAUCCCAUUCCUUCCCUUUACGAAUUUCAUUCUUUUUCUAUCAUUUCUCCUCUUCCUUUCUAAUGGGUUCAUUCUUUCUGCUUUUCUUAUGUCCUUCGCUUUAUAGUUUCUUUCUUCUUUUGAUCAUUCUUUCUCUUUGUUGCUAUGUUUUAUUCUUUGCUUCUAUUUUUGCCGUUAUUUUUAAAUUUCGGUGCAAGAGUUUCUUUCCACCUCCUUCUUUCCACCGCUCUCUCAGUCUCUCUCUCUUUCCAUCUCUCUCUUUCCACUUUUCACUCUUUCCACCUGUUUCUUUCCAACUUUCUCUCUUUCCACCUCUCUCUUUCCAACUCUCUUCUUUCCAACUCUGUCUGUUUUCACGUUUUUCACUCUCCCUCUUUCCACCUCUCUUUCUUCCCACCUCUCUCUCUUUCCACCCCUCUCUUUCCACCUCUCAUUCUUUCCACCUCUCUCUUUCCACCUUUUUAUUCCACCUCUUUCUCCUCCCACCUCUCUCUGUUUCCAACUAUCUCUUUCCACUUGUCACUCUUUCCAUUUCUCUCUUUCUACCUCUCCUUCUUUCCACCUCUAUUUCCACCUCUCUCUCUCUUCCCACCUCUCUAUUUUCCACCUCCUUUUCUCUCUCUCUCUCUCUCUUUCCACCGCUCUCGCUUUCCACCUUCCCGUGA